AGAGUUGAAAAUUCAAAUUCUCUCUCUCUAGCUAUGGCGCUUUCUUCAGCUUUCAAGGAGAGGCUCGAUCAAAUGGAGUUCACCAGAAACCAACGACUCAAUCUUCUCCAGGCGGAGAAAGAACUACAAGUGAACAAAGCACAGAUUUUAGCAUCGAAGCACGCAACUAUACAAUCCAUUGAACGCAGAUGUUUGAUGCUAGAACAGAAAAUAGCAGCACAAAACCUGAAGAUCACAAUUCUCAGAUCUAACAUCGAUGAUCUCGACUCCAAAUACCACAGCUAUAUACAACAAUUGAGGACACUGAAGAUUGAGGUUGAGGAGCUGAAAGAGUUAGAUGAAGAGAGGGAGAAGUAUUACAAGGUGAAAUGUUCAGAGAUGAAUGAGUUUAUGCAAAAUGUUGAGAGGUUUAGAUCAGAGAACCGGUUACAAAUCGAGAACCUGCGAAACCGAAUCAAGGAGCUUAACUCAACGUUCGAGGAAAGUCAUCAGAAGAACAUUUAUCUACAGAACAUAAAUUAAGGACGUGUAUAUAAGCAUAAUCUAUACCGGAGAAGAAGAAGUCACGAAACAAAGUUAAAAAGAAGAAAUUUUUUGGUGUAGUGAAUUCGAAGAGCAAUAUGAUGAAUAUUGGUUACAUUUUAACCAUCGUGUUUGUUGGUCUCAUCCUCAUCUCGGCUUUUGUGGCGUGUUUCUAUUGCGCCAAACGAUUACUCAAAUGUUGUGGCGGAGAGGAAGAUUCGCCUGCUACUGCUACUGCGUCUACGUCUACCUCUACGUCUUCUGCGUCUGCGUGAUCAACUUUUAGUUAUUUGUUUUGGUUUGUUUCUUUUUCUUUCAAUGAUUUUAGAUUAGUAACCUAAAGGCAUAGCAGAUCGAUAAUGAGACUCGGCAAAAUUUUUAUCUUUAUACCGCUGCUUAAUAAUUAAGUUUUCACUUAUUUAAUGAUAUUGUACCUCUAUUCUUGAUCUUUCAAUGAUUUUGUUAAAC